AUGGCGGAGGGGCCUGCGGGGGUCCCGGGGGUCUGCGGGGACGGGGAGCGCUCGGAGACCCCCGGGACCCCCCCGGGCUCCCUCCCGGAGCGGCCCCGCGUGCGGCGGCAGCGCGGGCGCUUCCUGGUGUGGGCGCCGCGGGCGGCGCGGGCGCUGCGGGAGCGGCACCCCGCCCCUCCCCCCCAGGUGGGCGGGGCCGAGGAGCGCGAGGAGCCCCCGCCGGGUGGGGGCGGGGCCAGAGCCGCGCUGGCCACGCCCCCUCCUGGCCACGCCCCCUCCGCCGAGCGGCGCUUCCGGGUGUUCCGCGCGCUCUGGGGGCGGGGCCUGCACCUGACCCGCGGCGGGAAAUUCGGCGGCGACUUCCUGGUGUACCCGGGUGAGGGGCGGGGCCUCCUCAGGCCCCUCCCACUUAUCCUUCUGACCCCUCCCCUUUGUUCCUCUGACCCCUCCCGAGGGUCCCAGACCCCUCCCCUUUAUUGCUGACCCCUCCUGAGGGUGCCAGACCCCUCCCCUUUAUUGCUGACCCCCCUGAGUAU